GAUUAUUUAAUUUUGUUUACAGGAAUUACAAGCUAAGGUACAGAUGUUAGAGGAGCACAACAAGAAAUUAUCACAGUUACUCUCAAGAAGUCCUGUGCCACAUAAAAUGUUUGAAACACAAAAGUUGGAGACAAAGAAAACUAUUGCAUGUUAUCCCAAAAGACAAAUUCUGCUGAAAAUUGCUUACCUGGGCUGGAACUACCAGAGCUCUGCUUCACAUAGUGAUAUACAGAAGAUGGUUGAAGAUAAACUGUUGCAGGCUCUCUUAAAAGUUUCCUUAAUUGAUGCUCCUGACUCUGCAAAGUUCCACAGGUAGUUUUUUUUUUUUAAG